AUCGAAAAUCUUAAUUUUGUAGUAAAUUGUAAUAAGAAGAACAAAGCCGAAGAAGCUUAAAAGAAAUCAGUCUUCAAAUUGCGCGUAACAACUCUCCGGUGGAGAAAGUCAAAUUUCCGGUGAACUGGUCAAACUUAGGCUUCCAAUCCUUUCUGAGAAACUGAGAGAUGGAGAAGGAACAAGAGGUUGAGUGGAUCAAAGCUCAGAACAUUGGCAUAAGCAUAGACCUUGUGGCUGCAGCCCAAAAGCAGCUUCUGUUUCUUGCUGCUGUAGAUAGAAAUCGGUUUCUAUAUGAAGGGCCUGCUCUUGAAAGGGCAAUCUAUAGGUAUAAUGCUUGUUGGCUUCCGAUGCUUGCCAAAUAUUCUGAGUUCCAAAUUUCUGAAGGACCUUUGGUUGUACCUCUUGAUUGUGAAUGGAUUUGGCAUUGUCACAGACUAAAUCCAGUUCAAUACAAGACUGACUGUGAGAAACUUUAUGGAAAGAUCCUUGACAAUUCUAAUGUGUUAUCCUCGGUUCAAGGCUCUUGUAAAGGGCAAACUGAAGAAAUUUGGAAUAGUAUGUAUCCAGAAGAACCCUACAACUUAGACUUAAAUAAGGCAUUGUCAGAGGAUAUAUCUGAACGGAUUUCUGGACUUGAAAAAUGCACCAAAUAUGAUCUGAUUGCAGCUGUUAAAAGACAGAGUCCUUUCUUUUACCAGGUAUCCAGACCCCAUAUGAACCAUGAUGUAUUUCUUCAAGGGGCUGUGGCUAGGUAUAAAGGGUUUCUUCAUCUAAUCAAGAGAAACAGAGAGAAGUCUCUAAAACGUUUUUGUGUUCCCACAUACGACGUUGACCUUAUCUGGCAUUCUCACCAAUUGCAUCCUGUAUCUUAUUGUAAAGACCUGAAUGAACUACUUGGCAAGGUAUUGGAGCAUGAUGACAUGGACUCUGACAGAACUAAAGGGAAGAAACUUGAUGUUGGGUUUUCUGGAACUACCAAGCAAUGGGAAGAGGCCUUUGGUACAAGGUAUUGGAAGGCAGGGGCCAUGCAUAGAGGCAAUGCUCCAUGUCCUGUCACAACCACACCUUACAAAUCUAGCAUGAUGAGCAAGGAUGUAGUUGCAUCCACCGAGUAUCAGAAAGUACUUCAGCUUCCAGAGGUUAAAUUUGUGGAGGUCCUUUUGCAGUUUGUUGAAGUUAGGAACUUACCAGAGGGACACAAAGGAAGUCUCUUUGUCUCAUUUAGUAAGACCCAACAUGAUCUAUUCUUUCACGCUAAGCGGAGACUGAGUAUUUUGUCCCAGUCUGGAGAGAAACAGGUUGCUUGUUUCCAGUGUGAACCUACUGGAGAGCUGCUUUUUGAACUGAUAUCCCAUUCACCUUCACACUUACCGAUGAAAAAGACAUAUAAAACAUUGGGUUCUACUUCAUUCUCUCUUCAAGACUUCCUGAUCCCACUCUCUAAAUUAGAUGCAGAAAAAUGGUUGGAGGUGGUGCCAACUUCUGGAAAUGAGAACUCGAAACCAAUCUACCUUCGGAUUGCUGUGUCAUUUACUGUUCCAGCCUUAGCACAACAUGCACUCCACAUGGUUCGUUCUCGGCCAUUGUCCAAAAAUUCUUGCUUCCUGCCCUUUCUUGGGAAGGAUCAAGAUGCUAAGAAUUUCACACAUGUGAUUGAUGAAACUGGCACAAAGCUUAUCAGUCUGCAAAUGAGGCAUCCUGAAAAGGAAAAUCCAAGGGCAAACACCGUUCUAAAGAAAGAGGUGAUUGGAAUUACCAAGUCUGGAAAAAUAUCUACUCUUGCAGAGUCUGUAGGGACUGGAUGGUCUUUGAUGGAUUCUCACUGGUUCCUUCACCCUAAAAAAAAUCCCAAUGGAGAUGGCCACCUCUUUGUUCUCCAGGGAAAAAAUAUGGUCAAAUUAUUCCGCGGAAGAAAGCUGGACUAUGAAUCUAAACAUUGUGAGAAACAUAAAAGUGAACAAGAGUUCAUGACCUUGGUUGAAUUCUCUGCUGAAGAUCCUUACGGCAAAGCAGUGGCAUUGCUCGACUUAAAAUCCGGAUUUGUCCAGGUAAAGGAAGAAUCGAUGCUAGUUCCUGGGAUCACGUUGGCUUUCAUAUUUUGCGAUAUGCUAAAGAAGGAAGGAUAUGAUGGCUUUUCUUUUAAUGCGAAGGAGAUAGGUAGUGUAGCUGAAGAAAUUAAUGAGAAUCAUGAGGAAGGCAAAACAACCAACUUGACCUCUUCAGGAGUGACCGAAGGAGGGCUGAAUAAUGAGGUGGCUGAAGAUGUAGUGAUGCCGAAAAAAGGUGGAGGCUGUGGUGCAGGAUGUGGCAGUGGGUGCGGAAAUGCAAUAAGGAGUGCCUCUGCUGGAUGUGGCAGUGGUUGUGGUGGAGGAUGUGGAAGCUCGGUGAAGAGUGGCGGCUGUGGAGGGUGUGGUGGAGGUGGUGGUUGUGGUGGCGGAUGUGGAAGCAUGCUGAAGAGUGGUGGCUGUGGUGGCUGCGGUGGUAGUGGUGGAUGCGGUGGUUGUGGUGGUGGGUGUGGAACAAAUUCUAAUGGGAAAAUACCUAUUAGAAGAAGAGCUGGAAAAGAUAUAAUUUCUGCUUGA